AUGGACACAAGAAGGAACACCAACCACGGUCGCGCCGCCUACGCGCAGACCAAUACGCCCAAUGAAGCGAGACAGACGAGCACAAACCGCAACAACUCGAAUCCCCAGUCCGGUCUCUUGGCUCGGAUCAUUAGUGCCACCGACGAAUUCCUAGCCCGAGGACUCAAUUUGCUCUGCGGUGACGAUGAUCCUGAGGAAAUCCUGCGCUAUCAACUCGAAGUUGCAGGUCUUCACGCGCGCUACAAUCGUCGAAAUCCAGGACGUGGGCGACAAGGACAACAAGGACGACCAAUACGACAAGCACCAGUUCCAAAAUUGUCGUUGCGGGAGAUCACGGCCGAUGACCAGGAUGAAGAGGAUGGUGAGGCGAUCUGCUGCGUGUGUCAGAAGGACAUCAAGGUUGGGACGAUUGUGACGUUUCUGCCAAAUUGUCGGCAUUGGUUUUGUACCGAUUGCUUGAAGCCGUGGGUGAAGAAGCAUGAUACUUGCCCGUGCCCGGUGGUGGUGGACCAGGAUGUUCCCUAUGCACGGAAGAAUUGGAGCUCAGAAAAGAUCCAAGUCAUGCCUCCAAGAGCAACAGCAAAAGCAAUCGUGCUCAUGCUGGUGACUGAAGCACCGCCCUCAGAUGGCAUCGGACCGCCAGUUGCCGAUGGGGUUGGAGAGGUCCAGGAACCAGUGCCAUUAGUGCCGUUGGUGAUAGUAGCGUUGCAGGCCAUGGUUGGUGUUGUCGACAUCAUGUCGGUCGUGGAAGCUGGAUCCUCGGUCGUGGUGGCAGCAGGCGAAGUUGUAGCUGCAGAUGUGCCACUCGAACCACAGUAUUCCGAGAUGAAAGAGGUAACAUCGCUUUCGCUGACUGAGCCGUCACAUGCUGCGACGACGGAGCUGUUGAUCGAGUUCGUGAAGCCACGAGGAUCGCUUUCGUACAUUCCAGCACUGGCAUGGAGACGGGGUCACUGCGACCGAUCUGGAUGGGUAGAACAACAUGGUACGGCGCGAAGCUCGAGCCGAUGGACAAAGGUGGUGGAGGGUAGUGAGAUUGACUCUUACUCUGGCUCGGCCAGAUCGAAGAGAAGCUCCGGUGGUUCGUUUCAGCUCGUCGUGUCAUCGCAUAACAGAGCGUCUGGGCGGCUACGACAAAUCUUUCCCUAUGUCGACCCAGACGUCUUGAAUGAGAACGAAGAGGGCGACGAGGCGCGCGAGGAUGAACAGAAGAGGUCCAUGUGGCUGGGUCGAGUGAACAGCUAUAACAGGAUGAUGCACGCGCAUACAAUGUACCAGAUGGAAGGUAAAACAAUGCCGGGAUACAAGAAGACUCUUCAUGCCUUUGCUUCUCCACAGAAUCAGGAGGAUGUGCACGGCACGGCAUCGAAGAGUGAGACGAGCAGCCCACAUCUUGGAGCACGUCGCGGAGUAUGGCCGUCGCCAGUAUCGGCGCAACUCAGUCAGCUCACAAUUGACGAUGCGCCGAUUCCACCAGCCAAUUCACCGUCGCCCGAACAGCAACAUGUGCAUCGUCCGCCGAGCAUUCGAGGAUUGAAGCCGAGGAGGGCGACCGAGCCAGUACCGAGAGAUUUUGCGCAAGGACGUUCUGAAGGCAAGAAGGCGAGCAGCAUCAGGUUCAGCUUCAGGCAACGAGCGAAGCCGACUCACUACAUCAACGCAUCACAUCGCAUGCCUCAAUGCAAGAUGCAGCCAAACAAGGCUCAAACCAAGAUUGUGAUCAAUGGCACGCGUCCGUUUCUGCUCAUGCCUGACGCAUCGUACCUGUUUUGGCCCGCGUUGUUCUUCGAUGAGGCAACCACGGAGCCUCCGAUCUUGAUGGCCGCAAAGUACAUUCGCAAAGAAGCCUCACCCAUGUACUAUGGCAAUAUCCAAUGGUACUUCAGAAUUCCGGAUGGCCCAGGCUUCUUUGAACUCGCGGUAGAGAAGUGGCGCAGCGUAGUUGCUUUGUGCGGGCCAAGACCAUUCACAUCUUUCCAAGUCUGGUUUCCCUCCGAAUCUUUUCACCUUGAACAUGUUCUUGAAGAGGUUUAUGCCCUUGUCAAGCUCAUUCACGACACCGGCUUUGAACCUGAUCCUAAAUACGUACCAGGCGACGGUGUACGGCCGGAGGUGAAAGCUCGCAGUAUUGCUAGUGGCAGACGUCUCUUCAACACAGGCCGCAAGAGAGGAGCGGCCUCAAUACUGGGCAGGGCCGUUGCACUAGGCCGGCGCGCGCGAGCUGAGAAUUGGUCCCAGGAGAAGCUCGCCGAGCGUUUCUCGACCUUCGUCAAGGUCGCGCGCUCCAAAAACAAGAAGUGGCCAGACGGGCUGUGA